AUGUUCGCGAUCACUACGGAUGGUGAUGGUGAGGAAGGAGACGAUGGUUGCCGGAUGAGGGUCAAGACCAUGGAAAUUCGUGCCGCUUGGCCGAGACCCUUCACCCGGAGAAGCUGGACUGGCCUCUGCCGGGAGCAGUUCGUGGGAGAAAAGUGCGGGCUCCCACUGGGCAAGAUCUACGUUGCCCUCUCCGAUCUUUGGGCUCAGCUGGAGCGGUCCCUUCCGGAGGAAGACGACGUGCCAAAUCUUAUGACGAAUAUGACCCAGUACCGAAAGUCCAAGACCAGACGAGGCGGCAUGAACAAGCGCCUGGCUCGGAAGUCGACGGAAGCACCGGCGAUACAGCUGCAGUGA